AAUAAUUUUAAAAUACAAUAUUGAAAUGUAUAGUGUCCAGUUUCAGAGGUAAAUUACAUAAAUGCCAUUGUUAAACAGCUAUUACGAUCACUUCCAGUUUGGUGAUCAGUGGUCAUUGUUGGCACACCACCGCACACAGUGCACAGCAACCAAAUGUAUCCUCUGCAUUUAACCCAUAUGUGACAUCGUGACGUAGCAGGGGGCAGCUCUGAUAUUUAGGGUGAUGGCACUUGUCUACCUUUUGGGAGCAAAGGAUGGGAAACCGUGAUCAUCAGGGAAGAACUUAGCUUGACCUGAGGGAUCAACAAGUGCCAGAUCCAAUAGGUCAGAUUCAGUUACACUAUGAGGAAACAUCAUCACUUCCUGAGGUCAGUGAAACACCAGUUGUGAUGCUGAGGAUCUAUUAGACUGAACAGGAAGGCAGAAUGGAUGAGAUAAACAAAUCUUUCAGUGUGUUAUUCUCAGAGUAUUACAAUGAGUCCUACUACGACGGAGACGACACGGGCAAGCUGAGCAAUGGCGUAAAUGUCUGUAAGGUCACGGCCAUCGCGCCCGAAGUGAACAUUUUCGUGUGCGUUUUCUACAUGCUGAUUUUCCUGCUAGCUAUCCCAGGGAACAUCCUCGUCGGGCUGGUCAUCGCCUCUGCCAAGCAGGCACUGACACCCUCUGAUAUGUACCUGUUUAACCUCUCGCUGGCCGACGGGCUCCUGGCGCUGACCCUGCCUCUGUGGGCGACGUCAAUGAUGCGGGGUUGGGUCUUCGGUGACGUCAUGUGCAAGCUGACCAACAUGGCGCAAGAGCUCAGCUUCUAUUGCAGCAUCUUCUUUCUGGCUUGCAUCAGCGUGGACCGCUACCGCGUCAUUGUACACGCCAUGGAGGCGAGGAAGGAGCACUGGGGUAUGCUCAGCCGGGUCGUGUGUGCCGGUGUCUGGUCCGCCGGAGCCGUUCUGUCUGUCUCUUCGGCGGUCUUCAGUGGCACGGUCAAGUCGCCCGACAACAAGCUGCAGGUGUGCGACGAAGGUUUCCAGCAGAUGGCUCGGCUGCUGCGGCACACGGUGGGCUUCCUGCUGCCGCUGGCCGUCAUGCUGGCCUGUUACGGCGUGACGGUGGUGCGGCUCCUGCAGACUCGCAGCUUCCGGAAGCAGCGGGCCAUGCGCGUGAUCCUGGCGGUGGUAGCCGCCUUCCUGCUGUGCUGGGCGCCGCACCACGUGACGGUGAUGGUCGACACGCUGAUGAAAAUCGGUCAGGUAGAUUUCAAUUGCAGCGCCCGGCAAUCCAUGGACAUGGCGCUGUUCGUCACCCAGAGCAUGGCGCUGCUGCACAGCUGCGUCAACCCCGUGCUGUAUGCCUUCGUCGGGGAGAAGUUCCGGAGAAACCUGCGGCAGCUGUUCCACAGAUGGGCCACACUGGAGCGCACCUCCAGCCUCAGAUUUAGCAGGUCCACCUCCCAGACCUCAGAAGGUGCCGCCUUCAUGUAACUGCGACCACCCCACUGGACAAGCUGUGCCCGUCAACUCAUGAGACCACAUAGGUGGCCAUCUAGGGCGCCAUCUUCUGGGGGGGUGCUGAAAUAGCAAGCCAUUUUCACUGAAGCUUGCCUUGGGUGCUACAUGACCUUAGACCGGUACUGUGCGUAAGCGUUCAUUUUAAGUAGCAAUGUGUGUUGGUGCAUCUUCACAAACCUUAUAUGUGCUAUUUUUAUUUGCUACAAUUUUACUGGAAAACUACAAGAAAUCAUGUGUAUCAGGCCCACAACUGGAUUAGAAGAUGAAACUUUAUAUAUGAAUAUGAUAUGUAUUUUGUUUAAGAAAAAAGAGAUUAUAUCAAGUUUAAGCUUGAGAGAUUUUCACCCGAGAUAUGCCGAACUGUCAAAUCACUCUAAACCAUGGGUUGUUUGCUCUCUUCCUGGAAGCAGUGAUUUUUUCUCUGUAUUAGUCACAUUUUGACUUUUCAAAAAUGUUUUAAAUAAGCCUCCCACAAACAAUACAUUUGUUUUUUAAAAAUUGUUUUUGUAUUUAAAAUAAAGUCCAGUAGCAUCUACCCAAUUACAGCAAACGAAGCAAUUUUAUUAUUUGCUUGCAUUUUUCUUUAGUCAUAAUAAAACGAAAUGAUUCACAUUGAGUUAAA